GCCGCGCUCGGGGCGCCGCGGCCAUGGGGAACCGGCUGGUGGACAUGGCGCCGGCCCCGCCGUUCCUGCCGCCCUUCCAGGCGCUGCAUGUGGUGGUGCUAGGGCUGGACGCGGCCGGCAAGACAUCGCUGCUGUACAGGCUGAAGCUGCAGGAGUUCGUGCAGAGCGCGCCCACCAAGGGCUUCAACACGGAGCGGGUGCGGGUUCCGCUGGGCCACGCCCGCGCCGCCACCUUCCAGGUGUGGGACGUGGGCGGGCGGGAGAAGCUGCGCCCGCUGUGGCGCUCUUACGCGCGGCGCACCGACGGGCUCGUCUUCGUGGUGGACUCGGCGGAGGGCGAGCGGCUGGAGGAGGCGCGCCUGGAGCUGCACCGCAUCGCCCACGCCGCCGAGGCGCAGGGCGUCCCGCUGCUCGUGCUGGCUAACAAGCAGGACGUGCCGGCAGCGCUGGCCGUUCCCGAGGUGGAACGGCGGCUCGGGCUGCAGGAGCUGGGCGCCGGCACGCCGCGCUGCGUGCAGGGCUGCAGCGCCCGCGACGGGCUGGGGCUGCAGCAGGGGCUGCGCAGCCUCUACGACAUGAUCCUCAAGCGCAGAAGGCUGCAGCGGCUCGGGCGCAGCCGGCGCUGAGGGAGAGAAGAGCCGCGGCCGCCCGGGUGUGUGGGGCUGGCACAGGGAGGUGGGUGCUGUGACCCCGUUUCCCUCUCGCACCCCUUACGGAGGUUGCAAGCAUGAUGCUCGUCCCCACCUGGAUUUGUUAUUGCAGCCCACCUCGCCUUCUCUGUCUGCUUUAUGGAAAGGAUUGUGGCAGGAAUAAAGUGGUGUUGGUAGGAGAGAGGCAACAGACUGGGGGCUCCUCUCUUUCCAUAUAGGUUCCUGGCAGAGCAAUCCCUCAAUCGUGUCGGCAGAGACUUUUAGUAGAAAAGAUGCCCUCAAAUAUUCCUUAAUGAGGAUGACUUCAGUUCUGCAUGCGGUGCCUUCACAAUACCAAGGAAGAGUCUUUCAUACUACCUGUCUUUGUAGAGGCCAUGUGGGAAUGACUUCCCUUCCACAAGUAAAGCAGGCUUAAUGGAAGUAUAUAAAGCCAACUGAGAGCUGCAUAAAGUAGAUCAGAAGCACCUCCCCUCCAGAUCUGGAGGGGGUCCUAUCAAAAGAUUUUGCAUGAAAUUUUUGCUGCCACAGGAUGCCAGUGACUCCAAGAAUUAGUGAGACUUGAAGAACAGAUUGAUGCUAAAAGGUUUUCAAAAAGAACCCCAAAUUUCAGGGACAGCACUGAUCUGUAAUUGUUAUAUAUGCUGUCCUGCCUCAGUCUGUAGUGGCCGAUCCCGCUGGUUUCAGGAGCGGGAGACCAGCUUCAAUAGCUCUAUGCAGAGCCUUCUGCACCUCAGCACUUGGGUUUUCUCCUCCACUGACUUUGAUCUUAGGCUCUGUGCUUCAUGUGCUUUCUGCUGAGGUGAAGUGCUAUGUGAAGCACAAAUUAUCCUGGCUGUGCUGAAUGUAUGAACUACUGAUUUGUAGCAGAACACAGAGUCGUUCCCUGCUCCCUAGGAAGGAGUGUGUAAUACUGGUAUGUGGCGCGCUAACUUUAGUCUGAGAGUAUUCAGCAAUAAAUAAUGAUGAUGCACCAAA